UCACAGGCUCAACGCCGCUGGCUGGUAGUGUGGAGUGUGAGGAAGGGCGCUACCACCUAAAAAUUUAGGAACUGCCACCGACGUCGAAAUCUUUGCAACUCACACAGGAUGAGCGGGAUACAGUUCACGCCCUCUUCCGUUCCGUUGCGUCGGGUGGAAGAGGUUCAGUUUGGUAUCUUGUCACCCGAGGAAAUUCGUUCUAUGAGUGUUGCGAAGAUUGAAUUUCCUGAGACAAUGGAUGAAACUGGACUUCGUCCAAGAGUUGCAGGUCUCUUGGAUCCUCGUCUAGGCACCAUCGAUCGUCAGUUUAAGUGUCAAACCUGCGGCGAGACCAUGGCUGAAUGUCCUGGUCAUUUUGGUCACAUUGAAUUGGCAAAACCUGUAUUUCACAUUGGGUUUUUGACAAAAAUCAAAAAAAUUUUAGAAUGUGUUUGCUGGAACUGCGGCAAACUUAAAAUCGAUCCCUCCAACCCCAAGUUUGCCGAGACACAAAGAUUCAGAGAUCCAAAAAAUAGGCUGAACGCCAUUUGGAAUAUCUGUAAAGCAAAAAUGGUUUGUGAGACAGGCGUGUCUGCGGGAUCAGAUGCGUUUGAUCCAAACCGUGUCGGAGGAGAAUUAGGCCACGGCGGAUGCGGUAACGCCCAGCCUACUAUUCGAAAGGAGGGUCUCAAACUUUGGGGCUCAUGGAAAAAAGGAAAGGACGACUCUGAUCUGCCUGAAAAACGUCUUCUUAAUCCACUUGAAGUGCACACCAUCUUCAAGCACAUCAGUUCUGAAGACCUUGUGUAUAUGGGACUUAACGAGCAGUACGCCCGUCCUGACUGGAUGAUCAUUACAGUGUUGCCUGUUCCUCCGCCCAGUGUCAGACCCAGUAUUUCUGUCGACGGCUCUAGUCGUGGUGAAGAUGAUCUUACGCAUAAACUUUCUGAUAUCAUAAAAGCAAACGCCAAUGUUCGUCGCUGUGAGCAAGAGGGUGCGCCUGCACACAUUGUUUCCGAGUAUGAGCAGUUAUUGCAGUUCCAUGUAGCUACUUAUAUGGACAAUGAGAUUGCGGGUCAGCCCCAAGCUCUCCAAAAAUCCGGAAGACCGUUGAAGUCCAUUCGUGCCCGUCUUAAGGGUAAGGAGGGUCGUCUUCGUGGUAACCUUAUGGGCAAGCGUGUUGACUUUUCAGCCCGUACCGUUAUCACUGGUGAUCCUAACUUAUCGUUGGAUGAGCUUGGUGUCCCACGAACCAUUGCAAAAACCCUCACAUAUCCUGAAACUGUUACGCCUUAUAAUAUUUACCAACUACAGGAGCUGGUCCGCAACGGCCCUGAUGAGCACCCUGGUGCGAAGUACAUUAUUCGUGAUACUGGUGAACGUAUUGAUCUCCGUUAUCACAAGCGUGCCGGCGAUAUUCCUCUGCGUUACGGCUGGCGCGUUGAACGACACAUUCGCGAUGGAGAUGUUGUCAUCUUCAACCGUCAGCCUUCGCUGCAUAAGAUGAGUAUGAUGGGUCACAGAAUUCGUGUCAUGCCCUAUUCAACUUUUCGACUGAAUUUAUCCGUCACUUCCCCAUACAAUGCUGAUUUUGACGGUGAUGAAAUGAACAUGCACGUUCCACAAUCUGAAGAAACGAGAGCGGAGAUUCAGGAAAUUGCUAUGGUCCCAAGACAGAUUGUUUCUCCUCAAUCAAACAAGCCUGUUAUGGGUAUCGUGCAAGAUACACUUGCUGGUGUGCGCAAGUUCUCUCUGCGCGAUAAUUUCCUUUCCCGCGACGUUGUUAUGAAUAUUAUGCUUUGGGUGCCCAACUGGGACGGAGUGGUGCCUCCUCCUGUUAUUUUGAAACCGAAGCCCCUUUGGACUGGUAAACAGAUUUUGAGUCUUGUCAUUCCUAAAGGUAUUAACCUCACCCGUGAUGAUGAUAAACAAACAUAUAUAAACCCGAAUGAUAAGGGUAUGCUUAUUGAAAAUGGCGAUAUCGUUUAUGGUGUCGUCGACAAAAAAACAGUGGGUGCUUCCCAGGGUGGUUUAGUCCAUACUAUCUGGAAAGAAAAAGGCCCCGAAGUCUGCAAAUCCUUCUUUAACGGUAUUCAACGUGUUGUCAACUUUUGGUUGCUGCAUAACGGCUUCAGCAUUGGUAUUGGUGACACCAUUGCUGAUCUUGCAACUAUGAAGGAUAUCACAAGAACCGUCAAGGAUGCCAGACGCCAAGUUACAGAGUGUAUUAAGGAUGCUCAACAAAACCGUCUCAAACCCGAACCCGGUAUGACUCUUCGUGAGACUUUUGAAGCUAAGGUUUCUCGAAUUCUUAACCAAGCUCGUGAUAAUGCAGGUCGUUCUGCUGAGCACAGUUUGAAGGAUUCGAAUAAUGUUAAACAAAUGGUCGCUUCUGGUUCAAAGGGUUCUUUCAUUAACAUUUCUCAAAUGUCUGCUUGUGUCGGUCAACAGAUUGUCGAAGGUAAACGUAUUCCUUUCGGAUUUAAAUACAGGACACUUCCUCACUUCCCCAAGGAUGAUGAUUCUCCAGAGUCUCGUGGUUUCAUUGAAAAUUCAUACCUUCGGGGCUUAACUCCUCAGGAGUUCUUCUUCCAUGCUAUGGCUGGUCGUGAAGGUUUGAUCGAUACUGCCGUUAAGACAGCCGAAACUGGUUACAUUCAACGUCGUUUGGUGAAAGCUAUGGAGGAUGUUAUGGUUCGUUAUGAUGGAACUGUCCGAAAUGCCAUGGGCGAUAUUGUCCAGUUUGCUUACGGAGAGGAUGGACUUGAUGCUACAAUUGUUGAGUACCAAGUCUUCGAUGCACUUCGUCUCUCCAAUGUUGACUUUGAAAAGAAAUAUAGAAUUGAUCUUGUGGAAGAUAAAAAAAUAUGUCUUCACAUGGAGAAUUCUAUUGAAGGCGACGUUGCUAUGCAAGAAUUGCUUGAUGAGGAGUACUCUCAACUUCUUACGGACCGUGAGUUGUGCAGAGGUUUUAUCUUCCCUAAUGGCGAAGCUCGCUGGCCGCAGCCUGUUAAUGUUCACAGAAUCAUUCAAAAUUCUGUGCAGAUCUUCCAUCUCGACAGCAAGAAACCAACAGAUUUGUUACCCAGUGACAUUAUCUACGGUGUUCGCAACUUGAUCAGCAAACUUAGUGUCUUCCGUGGUGAUGAUCGUAUUACCAAGGAAAUCCAGGAAAACGCUACUCUUCUGUUCCAAAUUCUUCUUCGGUCGAAACUUGCUACGAAGAGAGUUGUUAUGGAGUAUCACCUGAACAAGAUUGCAUUUGAGUGGAUCAUUGGUGAGAUUGAAGCUAGAUUCCAACAAUGUCAAGUUAAUCCUGGCGAAAUGGUCGGUACUUUAGCUGCUCAAUCCAUCGGUGAACCUGCUACUCAAAUGACUUUGAACACAUUCCAUUAUGCCGGUGUGUCUUCAAAGAACGUUACUUUGGGUGUUCCUCGGUUGAAAGAAAUUCUUAACGUUGCCAAAAACAUUAAAACUCCGUCCUUGACGAUCUAUUUGCUUCCAGAAAUUGCAUCUAACAUGGAUCUUGCUAAGAAUGUCCAAACACAAAUUGAGCACACGACCCUGAAGACUGUCACAUCUGCUACGGAGAUUCACUAUGAUCCCGAUCCCCAGAACACCGUUAUUGAUGAGGAUAGAGACUUUGUCGAGGCAUUCUUUGCUAUUCCUGAUGAAGAAGUUGAAGAAAACCUUUACAAACAAUCACCUUGGCUUCUUCGUCUUGAGUUAGACCGUGCCAAGAUGUUGGACAAAAAGCUUAGUAUGAGUGACGUUGCUGGAAAGAUUGCUGAGAGCUUUGAGCGCGAUCUUUUCACUAUCUGGUCCGAAGACAAUGCGGAGAAGCUUAUUAUUCGUUGUCGUAUUAUUCGUGACGAUGAUAAGAAGGCGGAUGAAGAUGAUGGUCUCAUUGAGGAAGACAUCUUCCUCAAAACUAUUGAGGGCCAUAUGCUUGAGAGCAUUAGUCUUCGUGGUGUCCCGAACAUUACGCGUGUUUAUAUGAUGGAACACAAGAUUGUUCAUCAAAACGACGACGGUGUUUUUGUUCGUGAUGAUGAGUGGGUUCUUGAGACAGAUGGUAUUAACCUGGCUGAAUCUAUGGCUGUUGAGGGUGUCGAUCCUUCUCGCACAUACUCCAACUCAUUCGUUGAAGUUUUGCAAGUCCUUGGUAUCGAAGCUACCCGCUCGGCCUUAUUAAAGGAGUUGAGAAACGUUAUUGAAUUCGAUGGUUCGUAUGUCAAUUACCGUCAUUUGGCUUUGCUUUGCGACGUUAUGACUUCUAGAGGUCAUUUGAUGGCUAUUACUCGACACGGUAUUAACCGUGCUGAAACUGGUGCUUUGAUGAGAUGUUCGUUCGAAGAAACAGUUGAAAUUUUAAUGGAUGCCGCUGCCAGUGGUGAAAAGGAUGGCUGCCGUGGUGUCUCUGAAAACAUUAUGUUGGGUCAGUUGGCUCCUAUGGGUACUGGCUCUUUUGAUGUCUUCCUCGAUCAAGAUCUUCUCUUGAGCGAGGUUCCCAGUGCAGGAAUGCCGACACUUGUUGGAACUGGCAUGGGCAAGGCUAUAUUGCCGGAGGGUUCUGCUACUCCUUAUGAGCGUUCGCCAUUAGCUGACAGUGGAUACAUGGGUUCGCCUGACGAUGCGGCAUUCUCUCCUUUGAUCCAAACAAGUCAAGACACGCAUGACGACGACUAUGGUAUGAUGGCUAGCCCGUACGGAGCGGACGCACGUUCUCCUGGCUACAUGAGUCCGUUCAGCGGAGCAUCCAGCCCAGGCUUCAGUCCAUCUUCGCCUAGCUACAGUCCCUCAUCACCUGCUUACUCGCCAACGAGUCCUUCGUACUCACCGACGAGCCCGUCGUAUUCGCCCACAAGUCCCUCGUACUCGCCGACGAGUCCGUCCUAUUCCCCCACGAGCCCUUCGUACUCACCGACCAGCCCUUCGUACUCUCCAACGAGUCCAUCAUACUCGCCCACCAGCCCUUCGUACUCUCCGACGAGUCCAUCUUACUCUCCUACCAGUCCUUCGUACUCGCCCACGAGUCCCUCCUACUCACCAACGAGCCCAUCAUAUUCGCCAACGAGUCCGUCGUAUUCGCCCACGAGCCCGUCGUACUCGCCCACGAGUCCUUCAUACUCCCCUACCAGCCCAUCCUACUCACCAACGAGCCCGUCAUAUUCGCCUACGAGCCCGUCUUACUCACCAACAAGUCCAUCGUACUCCCCGACGAGUCCUUCGUAUUCUCCUGGUCAUUCCGCACAAAACGCACAAGGACGCAUGUCUCCACGGUCACCCGUGUAUUCACCUACAAGUCCUUCUUAUUCCCCAACCUCACCCAGUUACUCGCCGACGUCGCCUCGUUACUCACCAAACGAGCAUUGAGGAAAACCAUUUCGGAUUACGUUAAUGUGUUGAUGGAGUCUCUGAAGACUUCUCUGAUUGAGUUCAUGGCAUUCUAUUUUUGAAGCACGUACCUGCCUACGUUGGAUGUCUAUGGGUCCGUAGCUUAAUUAAUUGAACGAAUUAUAAGGAUGAUAGAUACAAAAAUAGGAGAUGUAACUGUUGACA